UGCCUGGUCCUCGUCAGCAUCCUGGUUGACGUUUGCGUCAGCAUUUUGGAAACCCAAGUUCUGUAGGAAGCCCAGGUGUCAGGGUGACACUUCCCUUAAGCCCCAAGAGAGUGAGACACGAACCAGGAAACAGGAGCCCGUGUGUUCCCUGCUCUGAGCGGGGCUCCGGGGGGGUCCGCGGGGAGGGGAGGCCCCCAGAGGACCCCCUGUGUCUGCCUGCGGGUCCGUGCAGCUGGGCGGGCCACUGCGCUGCUUCUCAAUAGCCCUUGUCACGUGCCGUGUAUCACCCUCCUGGGCAAACACUGGAGUCAGUGAAGAUCCAGUUCCCGCCCCCGACACGCUGGCUGCCAAAAGGGGACGGCCCCUCCCUUCAGCCUUCCCCAGACAGACCGCAGAGCCUCGGAGCAGACGGCUGUCCCGGCGCUGGGAGCGGCCCGGGCGGGCGGCAUGGCUCUGUGCUGGAUGUGCAGGAGCCAGGCCAGGUGCCGCCGGACGCCUGGCCCCAGGCCCUCUGCCUUCUGGGCACGCAGAGCCUGAGGGUCCCCACAGGCCAUGCAGCUGUGCCAAGGUGCCCCGGGCAUGGCCACGGCAGAGGUGCCCGGCUACCUCGUGUCCCCGCAGGCUGAGAAGCACCGGCGGGCCCGCAACUGGACGGACGCCGAGAUGCGCGGCCUCAUGCUCGUCUGGGAGGAGUUCUUCGACGAGCUGAAGCAGACCAAGCGCAACGCCAAGGUGUACGAGAAGAUGGCCAGCAAGCUGCUGGAGAUGACGGGCGAGCGCCGGCUGGGCGAGGAGAUCAAGAUCAAGAUCACCAACAUGACCUUCCAGUAUAGGAAAUUAAAAUGCAUGACAGAUAGCGAGUCCGUCCCGCCCGACUGGCCCUAUUACCUAGCCAUUGAUAGGAUUCUGGCCAAGGCCCCCGAGUCCUGUGAUGGCAAACUGCCGGACGGCCAGCAGCCGGGGCCCUCCACGUCCCAGACCGAGGCGUCCCUGUCACCGUCUGCUAAGUCCACCCCUCUGUACUUACCGUAUACCCAGUGCUCCUACGAAGGCCGCUUCCAGGACGACGGCUCCGACAGCUCCUCCAGCUUACUGUCCCUUAAGUUCAGGUCGGAGGAGCGGCCCGUGAAGAAGCGCAAGGGCCAAGGUGGCCACCUGCAGAGGAAGAAGCUGCGGCUGCUGGAGGCCCUGCUGGAGGAGCAGCGCCGGCUGAGCCGCGCCCUGGAGGAGACAUGCCGCGAGGUGCGCCGCGCGCUGGACCAGCACAGCGUCUUGCAGGCCCAGAGCCUGCAGCUGCAAGAGCGAAUGAUGAGUCUGCUGGAGCGCAUCAUCGCCAAGUCCGGCGUCUAGGCCGCCCGGGCCCCGCCCCCAGCCUGGGCCACGCCCCGGAACGGCCCCGCCUCUGGCCUGGGCCCCGCCCCCGGAACAGCUCCGGCCUGGGCCACGCCCCCGGAACGGCCUCGCCCCGCCCCCGCGGCCGCUCCCGGCCCCCACGUAAAGCCCUUCCCUGGACACCAGGCCCAGGGACUCCGGGUCACUGCAGGGCGGCUCCCCAGCAAGAACGCUUGGAAUCUACCCUCCGCUAUUGUCAGUGUCGACGGUACUGGAAGCGGCUUUUGACGUUAAUCGUGUGCUUUUCACAACUUCCUGGGAGCAGGGCUCACGGCUGGGCGUGGAGGGAGGCGCCGGCCGUGGGCAGGUGGAGGCGGCUCCGUGGCAGGUAUGCCCCCAGGUGCGCCCUCGCUGGACCUGCAUUGGCCGCGAGACCCCAGGGGGCCGCACCGCCUCAAUGGCCUUUUAUCUACCACCCCACCCCCACUCCGAGAUGUGGGGCCUCUGGACCCCCAUUAGCAACAGCUCAAUAAAAACGGUGAUCCUGCCCAUGCACCCCACCCUGUGCCAUCUGUCAGCUCGGGACAGGUGGGAGAGCCCGCUGACCUCAGGAGCUGACGCAUGGCGGGGCGGGAAGCGACUGGGUGGAGGCGCCGACUAGCAGCAGAUUGUGAAGGCGCUGGGAGGGCAGGGCUGCCUCCAGGGCCCUGAGGGGCUGGACACACAGCUGGGGCCCCAGGGAGGCGACAGCCACCCCAGGGGGAGAUGCCUUCCCAGGAGAGACAGAGGCUAGGGUGGGGCGCAGGGUCUACAGGCCAGAAAGCCUGUCCAGAGCACCCCACCCCCAGUUCCUCCUGAGUCACUGGACCACUGCUGAAGGGAGGCCCCCAGGGGAGCUGAGAGCCGAGCUUGGUUCAGUCUCACUCAGGACACAGCCUGAGUCGCAGCCACUCCGUAGCUCUGAGGGCACUGUGCAAAUGGUGCAGAGGAAACACUUCCAUGUGAUUUUCAGCUCAGGCAGGCGUCUCGUGAGAAGCAGCAAGUCACGAAGAACAGACGGCUCGGCCGCUGGCUGUGGCUUCGCCCUGUAGGGACAGCGGGGUCAUUCACACUCUUGCCCAGAGAAAACCUGGGCAAGAAAACCUGUCUGAGGGCCUGCUUGUUUGCACAGAGGGUCCAUCACAGUCCUUGGUCCCCUGCCCCUGGUGCUCUCUGGGUCCGUGUGGCUCUGCCCGGGAUCUUUCAUGGAAUGUCUGCUUCACCCGGGACGGGCAAGUCACUGCCCCAAUCAGCAGGGUUGAGGGGACGAAGGGACUGGGGUUAGUGGCAGGUGACUGUCUAGACCUGCUCCCUCUGGUGUUUCGGGGGCAGGGCCCUGCUCGGGGGCUGCUGCAGAACCCCUGGUGUGGCGGCCAUCAGCGCACCUGACCGUCCUGCGGCCCUUGAGGGCAGCCAGGCAGUGCCCAGGACUCAUCUCGUGUCAGACUCCGGGUCCCCCUGGGGGUUCAGAGGCCAGCCCGAAGCCUGCCCCUGGAAGGGAGGGGCUGGGUGGAGCUGGGCUGACAGAGCGCCCCACCGGGGACCCCCCGCCCCGUCCACCCCUAGAGAGCUCGAGCUGUGGACUCUGGACCCUCCUGCCUGGGGCUGGACCGGGCUGCUGGGUGAGGAGUGGAGCCCUGCUGUGUGAACCAGCUGCCCAGUGCGUGCGGCGGUGCCCGCGCCUGCUUCCUGCACCCGCGCCUGCUUCCCGCACCCGCCCGCCGCAGCGGUUGGCCUGGAGGCACCCCGGGUCCAGCGCCGGCGUCCAGGGCUGCCCGGCGAAUUUCUAGUUCUUAGUCAAGACACCCGGAGAAGGCAAUGGCACCCCAUUCUAGUCCUCUUGCCUGGAAAAUCCCAUGGGCAGAGGAACCUGGAAG